UUACAAAAUAUCAAGAAAAGAUAAACAAUCUAUUUUGGGAUAUAGCAUUUACGAUUAUAAUCUAUUAAACGUGCAUCCCGCAAUGAAGGAAGUAUGCCGGGCUUGCCUGCGAAACUCUGCAUGUUUGGUCAACAUUUUCGAGGGGAAGCACGAUCGUCGUGGGGUUUCUAUAGCGCAUAUGCUAUCCGAAUGCACGGGUUUCAAGAUCGAAAAAGGGGACUCACUACCGGAACUGAUAUGCCCGCCCUGUCUGGAGGAUGCACAAAAUGCAUAUGAUAUUAUAAAAACCUACGAGCGCAGCUACUUGAUAUUUUGUGAAGCGAGGGACGCGAUCCUGGAGGACGAUUUACCGGAGGAGGAAGUCUGUCUGAUUUCAGAUAGCGAAAGUGAGGAAACGAAUGUGCAAUCAAAUGAAAUUUUUGAGAUAUCAGAAAGUGAAUGUGAUAAAUCGGAAAAUGAAGAUUCAAAUAAUAAUCCAAAGAUCCAGGACCUGGAAGAGAAUACAUCUAAGGAAGAUGACGAUAUAUCUAGAGAUGAAAGUGAGCCAUUCGAUGAAGACGAUACCAAUGAUAGUGAUUAUGUUGAAAGCAAUCACAGAAAGUCCUAUGCCAGACCUCGCAAAAUAAGCCAAACGGGAAAUCGACCGUUCAAGUGUGAUUAUUGUGAAAAGGGUUUUAAGGAUCGCACAUCUCUAGGAAAGCACGUAAGGACUCACACGGGGGAACGACCCUACAAGUGCACCCAGUGUCUCUCGGCCUUUUCGGAUGCAUCAAAUCUCAUACACCACUUAAAGAUUCACUCAGAUAAAAACCGCUUUAAAUGUAAUUUUUGCGAAAAGAGUUUUAGGACACGCCUGAGUCUUAGGAAUCACAUAAGGACGCACACCGGGGAACGACCUUUCAAGUGCACCAUCUGCAUGUCAGCCUUUUCGGAUGCAUCAAAUCUCAUUCACCACUUAAAGAUUCACUCAGAUAAAGAUACGUUUAAGUGUAACUAUUGCGAAAAGAGUUAUAAGUAUCGCGCAAGUCUUAGGGAUCACAUGAGGACUCACACGGGGGAACGACCCUACAAGUGCAGCAUCUGCCAAAGAACUUUUUCGAAUAGAUCCUCCCUCUACCAGCACAAAAAUAUUCACAGGAACAAGUUAAUCUUUAAGUGCGAUCAUUGCGAAAAGGGCUUUUCGGAUAGGGAUUGUCUUGAGAGACAUGCACGGAAUUACCGAAAGUGUGAAUGGGGUUGCGAAAGAAAAAAAAACAAAGAGAUCGACUCGGAAGUUAAACCGCUCAAGUGCUCGCAGUGCCCGAAAUCCUAUCAGUUUCAGUCUCAGCUUGAACGCCACGCUAAUAGCCACUCAGAAGAACGACCGUUUAAGUGUAAUCUUUGCGAAAAGAGUUUUAAGAAACGCCUAGCUCUUGAAAAUCAUAUAAGGACGCACACGGGGGAACGACCCUUCAAGUGCAACAUCUGCAAGAAAUCUUUUUCGGGUCCAUCAAACCUCAGCCAUCACAAAACGAUUCACAGGAAACAACGACCCUUCAAGUGCAACAUUUGCCUGAAAGCUUUUACGGAUUCAUCAAAUCUCAGCCAUCACAAAAGGAUUCACAGGAAUGAACGAAAGUUUAAGUGCGAAUAUUGCGAAAAGAGUUUUUUGGAUAAGGCCCAUCUGGAGAGACAUGAACUGACUCACACGGGCGAAAAACCCUUCAAGUGUCCCCACUGCCAGUCCUGUUUUGCGAGUUCAGCAAAUCUUUGCCAGCACAGUUGGGUUCACAAGAAAGAAAAACGCUCUUCUUCUGAAAGCAUUUAAGUAAAAUUUUUAAAUUCUAAAAAGAUAGCAUGAUAAAUUGCAAUUCAAACUCGCAUUUUCUACUACUUUUAGCUCUAUGAUUUAUCAAUCUGUUUCAAAAAUGAUGGUUUUGUUUAAAAAUCCAUACUCAAUAGAUCUAAGGAGAUAUCAA